CUAACCUAUAAAAAAGUGAAACCGUGAUAAAUGAAAAAAAAGAAAGCAGCGAUGGAUUUCGCAGGUGGAAAAACCAUGUGUCAGGACAGAGGCAAACCAGAAGUAGCACUGUCGAACAGAAGAGUAAGAGCGCACUCAGAGCCCUGCAUUCUACCACCUCGCUAUACUAGAGUGGAUACCGGGAGCGAGAUUCGUAAGAGAAAACGAGAUGUGGCUAGCGAGGCGAUGGAAGAAAGAAUUCUUAAAAAGAGUAAUCUGACACAGAGCUCACUAGAGGAAAAGAAAACUGAAGGGAAUAAGAAGAAAGCGCAGCAACCGGUUGUUGACGAAAGUACAAAUGCAAAGACAGAAGAAGGAGAAACGGCCACCGAUUGUAUCAAGAAGACGAUGAUGAAUUUGAAAGAAGAACUGAUGGGCGAGAUGAGGAAGAAGCGGAUAGAGGAGGAGAAAUGGAGAGGUGAAGUGAAGCAAGAGGUGGAAAAGCUUACGCUAGCGAUAGAAAGUACUAAGAAAGUGUGGACUCAGGAGAGAUCGAAGCUGGAAGAGACAAUAGUACGAUUGGAAAGGGAACACGUAAACUGGAAAAUAAUGGAGCAGAAAAAGCGAGAGGAUGGUAUGAAAUAUGUCGACAGACAGAUGGACGAAUUGUUCAAUAAAAUAAAAGUAAGCGGAGUACUGGAAGGUUCGAUGUUGGAUGCAGAGAAAAACUGGGAGGCCCAGGAGAAGUGGGAGAGGAGAAAUAACGUGAUGAUCAGAGGACUGGAGGUUGAUGUCGGAGGACGCGCAGACAGAUUAGCAGAAAGACUUUUAGCUGAAGUGACGGGGGAACUAAUCAACAUUAAAGAGGUGCAGGUGUUCCAGGAAGGCCGAAAUAGGGCGCUCCUGGUGAAACUUGGGGAUUGGGUGACGAAGAGAAAAGUUAUGGAUGGUAAAUCGGUGCUGAAAGGGCGGAAGGUAUUCAUCGAUGACGAUUUGACUAAAAGAGAGAAGGAGAUCCAGAUUGAGAUAACAAAGAGGGCAACAGAAGCGAGGGCCAGUGGUAUGAGGGUGAAAAUAGGCUACAUGAAACUCUGGGUUGGAGAUUCGAUGUAUGUGUGGAGCGAAGAGGAGAAGGGUCUGAAGGAAGUCAGAACGGGAAGGAGACUCGACGCUAAGGGCAACAGGGGCUCUCGAGACCUUGCUCAGAGAUUAGACGAUGGACGUGAAGAUGGAAUGAGAAAAAUUAGGGGCCCGUGGGGGCAGAGAUUUGAGUGAAAUGAGACCGAAGAGAUGGAAAACAUAAGAAGAAAGGAUACCUAAAUGAUUUACAAUUAGAUAUUGGGAUUUGCAAUUUCGGUUGUUUAUGGGUGCCAAUCUAAUCGCUAUUGUCAAAUUUAACUAUACGAAAAUUCAUUUUUCAAUUCACAGAAAAUUACGGGCGCAGGAAUAGUUAUUUCUUUUAUGUUUUCGACAGUUUACAGAAAAUUUGAUUUCCCUUGCUUUGAUUUUCAGUUAUACUUCUAUUUUUUACUAUAAAUCUCUAGGGUCAAGUUUUUUAUGCUUUAUUUCCCCUGGAUCCAUGGGAUGCAAAACUUUAGUUUCGUUUUCUUUCAUUUUCGAUUAUAUGUAAUUUUAUUUUCUGUUACGUAUUUCUAGAGUCAAUUUUUUUUUUGUUUUCUUUUUUUCUGGAAUUCAUGGAAAACCGGUUUCUAGUUACCUGAAGGCCAAGUUUCGUACACCAGAAUUGAUUCUUGUUUUGUUGUAUAAAGUAUGACGAUCAUACUGUUUGUUCAUUUUGGUUACUUUGGAUAUUACGAAAUGAGGUAUGCACUAAGUAAAGCGUGCGAAAAACUUCUGAGAAGAUUUCAUAUAAGAUAAAUGCAAUGUGUGAUGUAAAAGCAAAGGGCUGGAUACGGAAGACCAAGCAAAUAAAUACCGCAUAUGCACGUACGACAACAUAUUUCAAUCGUAGAAACGUUUCUGACCGUGAGUGAAAUACUCCGAUCCAUUAUUCAUGGGUCAUUCCGCAUAUUAUACGAAUCCCAACUUUUGACAGAGCCAAAUGAAACGCAGGCAAUUCAGGAAAAUCA